AGCGGUCACACUGCCCAUGACGAAUUCCACAAAUAAUAAUAAUAUAUUGCCGAAAAUAAUGCACAAUUAGGUCGAUCAGAAAGAACCUGCAAGGUAACCCACAUGUUACAGCAUGGAUAAACUCCGCGGCGCCAGUUUGAUCGGCGGUGGAUCAUUCGGCGGAGUGGGAUCGACGAAUCAGGGUUUGGAGCACCAGCAACUGGACCAGUAUCCCAAAAACCUGAUCGAGCAAUAUCUUAGGGCCUCCAGCAAGAUUAAGAAGUUCGAGCGUGCCGGCUUCUUUAAACGCUUUGCGCCCAGCGUGGGCGAUGUGCAGGCGGACUUCCAGCGACUGGCCUACAGCUUCGAGGAGUCAGGCAUCCUACAAUAUGCGGCCAUGUGUCACAUUGGCUUUGCCAAGUGCGAGUCUUACGGCGGCGCACCCCAACGCGAAUCGGAGGCUUACCUGCGGGCAGCGAGAGCCUUCUUGGGGGCGCACAACGAAUCUGGAAAGCUGCACCUGCGCACCCGGCACUCGGGUUUUCGGGAGGGAGCCCUCCAUUGCUAUCAUCGGGCCGCCGAACGAGCCGUGGAUGGCUGUGUGUACAAGGCGGCGAUCCUCCGGGAGCUAAAGCAACUGCAGCGGCAGUUGGACAGCACCAGCAGCUUUGCCUCCCCCACCCAUCAGAUCCAUGAUCUGGAAAUGAGCGCCGAGACUUGUGGUCAGCGUGGGGAUUUCCGGAGUGCCCUGCAGCACUACGACGACAUUGUGGAUAAUAUUUACGAGCGACGAGGGGCUCACAUGUACGGGGAAUUGUUGCGAAGUGUCGAGGUACUGCGUCUGCUGCUCCUGGUCCAUCUGAAUCUUCCGCCUGCUCGCCAGUCACCUGCCCACAUUAAGCUGAUCGAGUACUACUACAACCUGGCGCAAUUCGAGAUGCGUCCCUGUUUAACGGACGAUGGCGGAUCGGUGGAGCGUCCAGGAGCAUUUGUGCCCGAGCAACAGCAGUAUGCACUGGCUGAGAUUACGUGUGCCUGGGUAGAACGCAAAAUGUGCGAUCUCAAGCAUCUGCUGCGAGACUUUGGAGCCGAAUUUGGAGCUCUGAGCAGCGUGGAAAGGCAGCUUCUCAAGGUCAUGCAUGAGGAAUUGGUCAGAAGCUACUAGACCUAAGAUUUUACUGUAAAUUAUACAACUCCUGUAUCAUUACCACUGAAUAGCACAUGUAACUAUCGCUUAAGUGUAACCAAGUCUACCAACUAACCUUUGAACGUGCCUACACGCAUUCAGAAAACAAAUAAUACAUUGAUAAAUUAAAGACCAGGUGAAUGCAGCAAUAAAGAGAUCGUGUAAAACGCAAUGGAAUGUAAUAACAUUUAAACGAACACAUUUGUACAAUAAAUAAAGGAAACGGAAUGGAGAUUAAAAUGAAUAUAGAAUAUGCUCGUUGAUUUGAAUCCCCAGUAACUCAAGAAAAAUGUUUACAAAAAAAUAUUUUUUCAAAAUCUAACUAGAAAAAAAUGAAGUUAAUAACAGCAUUCAGUCUUGAACAAUUUACCUGAAAACAAAUUCAAGAAAACCAAAGAUUUUUUUCAACUUUUGGUCAUUUAAUUUGUUUAUUUACCUUGUCAAGCAACUCUUUGUUUUAUCUUAGCAAUUUCUCAAUUAGGUUAGCUAAUAAAUACAACACAACUCGGCUGCCACAACUGAAUUUCAGCCUCAUAUCGUGUAGAUUUCUAUAUCGCAUUGUAUAUGUUUCGUGUUCUCGUGUUGUCUGAAUACAAAACGUUUUGUUUUCGCUGGAGUUUACAAAUCCAAUUUAAUAACCUAUAAUAUCUGUUUCUUUUUUUUAUUUGUUUAUGUAAUUUGUAAAUUUUAAUAUAUAUAUAUAUUUAUAUAUAUAUGUACGUUUCAUGUAAUACCCAUUUAUCCAUUCUAUACCAGUUUUUAGUUUGUUUUUAAUUUAAAUCGAAUAUUGAAUCGCUAAGCACACGCUGUCUUUGUCGAAUCCGCGGGCAACAAAAUCACGGUUCGGAUUUGGGAGGGCAGUUUAACAUCGUUUCUCACACAUUUUGGUUCGACUCACUUAAUCAGAACUUUAAUUACAUUCUUUAGUUAUUGUAGUUUUAAUCGUUUAAUAUGUAAAUAUAUAGUUAAAGCGUAAAUAAAUUACAAAAAAAUAAAAAUAUAUUCUUUAUAUAUAUGUUUAUAUGAAACCUAGCGAAGAAUUAAACGAAAUUACAUAAGCGCAAGAUCACAAGCAGUUUUGUAGUUGGUUGGUUGUAUUUAUAAGUUGUAGUUCCUGAUUGUGUUUUUCUCCACU